CAGUCACGCGGUCCGCUCACUAGAGCGUUCCGUGCUGGAUUUCCUGGUGCUCUCAUUCUAGCGUUCUGAAGGAACAAGAAAUGGGAAUAAUUAGUUCCGUUUUGCGGUGUCCGCUGCGGGCGUGAUGCUCAGCGGCUCAUCCCGGACCUCUGAAGGGAGAGUCGGCGUGCCAUUACGCAGAAGUCCUGGUGUCAGAUGUAAAAUGAUGAAGAACUGGGGCAUGAUUGGUGGCAUUGCUGCAGCUUUUGCAGCUGGGAUAUAUGUUUUGUGGGGACCCAUCACGGACAGAAAAAAGAGCAAAAAAGGACUUGUACCUGGUCUUUUGAAUUUGGGCAACACUUGUUUUAUGAACUCCUUGCUACAAAGCUUAUCUAUCUGCCCAUCUUUCAUUCAUUGGUUGGAGGAAUUUACAUCACAGUACCAACACAAACAAAAGGACACGGCACAGCAGUACCUGUCUGUUGCUCUGCUGCAGCUUUUAAAAGCAUUGUCUAAUCAGGAGGCUGCAGAAGAUGAGGUGUUAGAUGCAAGUCCUCUUCUGGAUGUCCUGAGAACAUACAGGUGGCAAAUUUCCUCUUUUGAAGAACAGGAUGCCCAUGAGUUGUUUCAUGUGUUGACUUCAUCAUUGGAAGAAGAGAAAGAUCACCACCCUCAAGUAACACAUCUGUUUGAUGUCAGUGCCUUAGAAGUAAGUCUCCGCCCCCAGCACUGACGGCAAAUUCACUGCAGGACCCAAGGCAUGUUAAACCCCAUUCCCCGGCAGUGGAAAUCUCAUCACCCUUUUCAUGGAAGACUAACCAGUAACAUUUAUGCUAAACACUGCCAGCACCAGAGCCCGAUGAGAUAUGACACAUUUGACAGCCUGUCCUUAAGUAUCCCUUCUGCUUCUUGGGGCCGCGCCAUGACCCUCGAUAACUGCCUGCAGCAUUUCUUCUCUACUGAGAGUGUUAAGGAUGUUGUCUGUGAAAACUGCACCAAAAUUCAGGCUCAAGAAAGACCAAAUGGACAAUUGGUGGAAGAUCAGAAAACAACAUUUGUUAAACAGCUGAAGCUGGGAAAGCUUCCGCAGUGUUUGUGCAUCCACCUGCAGCGCCUAAGCUGGUCCAAUCAGGGCAGCCCUCUGAAACGGAAUGAACAUGUCCAGUUUAGUGAAUUCCUUGCCUUGGAUAGGUAUAAGUAUCGACUCAAUGGAAAUGUAUUUCGCCAGCGACAGUGCAUUGUUGAAGGUAGAACUACGCAAGUAACAACUGAUGCAUCAGCAGCUUCUGAUGGGUCUCACAAUUCCAAGGUACAGUUGCUGAAUGGAAUUUAUUCUACAUCCUUAUUGUCAUCUCCUAGCAUAAAUUCCAAGUCUUCUAGCCCAGAAUGCACCAGGUCGUCGUCUUAUCUCUUCCGUCUUAUGGCAGUCAUCGUUCAUCAUGGAGAUAUGCACUCAGGGCAUUUUGUUACUUAUCGACGUUCCCCUCCAGCAGCUAAGACCUCAAAGCAUCUAAGUUUGCAGUGGUUGUGGGUUUCUGAUGACACUGUCCGCAGAGCAAACAUUCAAGAGGUCCUCUCUUCUAAUGCUUACCUGCUGUUUUAUGAGCGUGUGCGGCCUAAACUACACAACCAAGGAAGCGAGACUUGUUCAGAAGAAUAAAUGGGAGACUAUGAAUCAUGCAUUUCAUACUCUGGUCAACGCUGUAUGUUUCAUCCAUCUUGGAUGGUUCUAGUCCAAAGCUAGGAAAAUACUUAUUAUGUGUGUCUACUGUCCCACCCUCCCUGGCUCUAACAUGUACAUUCAGUGAGGUCUGCCAGUAUUGUGCUGUACCACAGGCUUUAAAUUUCCACUCCUAUGGGUCCCUGUUAUUUGUAUAAGAAAGCAUUACCUUUUACAGCACAUAGAUGGUCCUAUACAGGGACUGGCUUUUGGAAGACUUAGAAUAUUACUCCUACCAACAUAGGUAACUACUUCAGGGUGAGUAGACCAGCCUCACACCAGUCAAGUGCUAGGUCAACAUAUCUAUAUUCUGUUAAUUUCCUACAAUUAAAGAACAGGUCUGUCAGUCAUUCAAUGUGUACACAUAGAAGAAUGUUAUCUUUCUGAAGUUACAGGAGUCAUCUUAUUGUUGGGAAGAAAACAGGAAAUUAUAUAAAAUAAAAAGACACUAGUCAAAUUUUCAAUCCCUGCAGAGAUGCUCCUACAGUCUCCUGCCAAUAAUGACUUGCUGUCGUUGCACAAUUUGGUGAGGCCAGUAGUAUGGCAUGUGACAGUGGCCGAGGUCAGCGAUUGGCUGCAGAUGCCCAUGUCUGACUUCUGAGGCCAUUAAUAGGCUGCAGCAGU